AUGUCUAUCCAACCGGACAUCUAUACAACACCAGCCCCUGCUGCAACCAUGGCCCAAGAGGGAUCGAGCUACUAUGACUCACCAUACAUGGUAGAGUUCUACAAUCUCAAGUGGGGCAAACCCAGCAUGCCGGGCAUGGGUAUAUACUGGAAAAUUUUCACCGAUGCAGUCACCCAACACAGAGAAGCGGCGCCAGACAAGCCCUUCUCAGUUCUCGACGUCGGAACUGGUGCCGGUCGUGUGCCGAUCGGCAACGCUCUCGCACUCGACGAGCUUCCCACCCUCUUGCCGCUAUCAGACAAGCAUAUAACUAUCGAUCUCCUUGUCUUUGCCUUUAAUAGCGUGUACCAUAUGGAGCGGGAUGGGGAGUUCGCGCAGUUUUUCCUGCAGGUCAGUAAAGUGCUCACACCAGGCACGGGACGGGCCUGCAUAGGCCUUGCCGAUUGGUUCCUCCUCAAUCCAGGGGAGGAUAUGAAGGCUCGAGCUGAGAGCGAGGAAUUGCCACCGCUAGAGGACGUCCAGAGUGUCGACUUUCCUGGACUUCGGUACCAUACUACCAUGAACCGGAUGGAUUGCCAGGGCAAACUGUGCGUCUGUGGGGAAGAUGUACAGGUCUUCCAGCAGCUGGAUGAUGGCAGAGACAAGGAAAUUGAGGUCCAUCGGGUCAGACACUCACUGCGCUGGUUUACAAAGCCCGAAUUCUCGACUGCAAUUGAAGCGGCAGGGUUACGGAUCGUGGAAGUGAGCAAAGUGGAUGAAAGUGAAGAAACUGUCGGUUACGAUGAUAACGUUUACAACUUGCAGCGUGCGUAA